AUGAGUGAGAAGGACAUUGAGGACCGAUUAGUCAAGCAUGCUCGAGCAUUCGACAGUCUUCUUAACUUAAUACCUGCAAAGCUGUAUUUUACUCAGGAUAAUUCCGACCAGUGGAAAAAGCGUAAACAGACAAAGGAAGAAUCUCAAGCGGCAAAACGUGCAAAGCUAGAUCCAGAUCAGGCUGUUACAGUUAAAGAAGUCGAAGAUGAAAGGUCUAGAGAACGUACUGCGAGGGAGGAGAAGAGGCGGAAGCUGAAUGAAGACGGUUUACCUUAUGAGACAAAGUCGCAGAUGAAGGCUAGGAAGAAGGAAGAAAAACGAAGGGAAAGGAGGCAGAAUAAGGAAUCAGGUGGAGGGAAGAAGAAGGACGGCGAGAAGCAGGCUCAGGCGGAGGCUCAAGGGGAUGAUGAGGACGAUGACAUGGUCGAAGUUGACGAAGAGGAAGAGAAGCCGACACCAAAGAAGGCCAGUCAUCCACCGAAGAGUCCAUCGAAACAAUCUACAUCUCCAAAGAAGGAACAGCAUCACCCCGCCAAACGGAAAGAUGUGAAACCGAACGGCGUUCAAAUUAAGGUUAAUGGUACGGAAAAAACUGGCAAAGCCUCAAUUAUUCAAAAGCCUACAGUCGAGUCUUCAGACUCCAGCGACGACGACGAAGACGAAGAUGAAGACGAAGAUGAAGACGAAGACGAAGGAGAGGAAGAAGAAGAGGGAGAUAUCACAGCAGAGAUGGACAAAAUGGCACAAGACUCCGAGGGCUCAGGAGACGAUUCAGAGGAUUCAGACUCAGAAGGCGAAACGAUCCAACGAAUCCCAGGUCUAGCAGCAGAACCUACCACCACCACUACAUCAUCCCCCUCUCCCGCUCCUUCAAACACAACAGAUACCUCUACCACCCAAAAAACCCUCGCCGAAAAGCUUAAGACUUCAAAAGACCCCCUCGUCCAACAGCAGCUUAAGGAGCGACUAGCAAAGCGCAUCGAAGAACUCCGUCAUGCCCGCAAAGCCGAUGGUGGCGAGGUACCCCGUACCCGCACAGAACUCAUGGACCAGCGAAGAAAACGUGAUGAACAACGUAAAGAGAGAAAGAAGCAGAUGAGAUUACAAGCUAAAGUUGAAGCCGAAAAGGCGGCGGAAUCUACGGAUGGAAAAAAGAAGCCGGAAUCUAAAAAGCAUAAUGGGGUAUCUACGGCACCGGCGAACUAUACUUUUGGAAACGUCGAUUUCGAGGAUGGUGCUAAGUUAACUGCGAACCUGGAGGGUAUCAAGGUAGCUGGCAAGAAGAGGGGUCCAUCGGAUGUGCUUGGAGCCCUAAAACAUGCUGAGGCAAAGAAGGCAAGGUUAGCGGGAAUGAGUGAUGAGAAACGGGCGGGUAUUCAAGAGAAGGAUCGAUGGAGUAAGGCGUUGAAGAUGGCGAGUGGAGAGAAGUUACAAGACGACGAGGGAUUGUUGAAGAAGUCGCUAAAGAGGCAGGAUAAAGCUAAGAAGAAGAGCGAGAGGGAAUGGAAGGAACGCAAUGACAACGUCGAAAAGGGUAAAGUCAUGCGGCAGAAGAAGCGUGAAGCCAACCUUGCAGCACGGAGGGAGCAGAAGAAGGCCGGUAAAGGUGGAAAGAAAGCGAGGAAGGUGCCGUCAAAGAAGUCGAAGGGUAGGGCGGGCUUCGAGGGGGCAGGCUUCGGGGGUGCAGGAAAGAAGAAGAGGUAG